AAUUGUCCUUAUAACCAGCUCAAAAACGGAAACGCUUGCGGUAUAUAUAUAUAUGGAAUCUUACAUCAGGCUAGCGACUCAACACACAAGCUGUCUUUUGCUCGGACUACUGCCACCUUUCGAUUUCCUCUUGCAAUGGUUUUCAAAGUUUCCAUAUUUUUGCUGGCGUGUCUGACUUUAAGUCUUCCGAUUGUUGGAGCAGGUUUUGGGGGAUCCCAAUGUAAUAUUCCCGCGAUUGGGAGCCCCGGGGCCACCACUGUGUGUACCGCCGACACCAAUGGCUUCUGUCUGAUAGACCACCUCACUGUCACAGGCCCCGCCCCCAUCACUUCAAUCACGUACGAUGGUGUCUGUAUCUGUUACUACGGAUUCAGUGGGCCCAGCUGCUCUACAAUGGCCUCUAGUGCAUCAUUCCCUAACACUCCCACUGUAGUCGCUGCCGUGACGUUAGCUGGCGCAGGCGCAUAUGUUUUGGGUCAGUUGGGAGCGGGUGAAAUCCCUCUGGUAUUAGGCUCCCCGCAGACGACAUUUAUUUGAUUAGAGGAAGAAAAGAAAUCCCUGAGGUGGAAGAAAAUCUAUUUUUGUCUAAUAAAGAUAUA